AUGCGCGACCCCAGCCUCUCAGACUACUCACCCAUCAACGGAGACUGCUUCAUGAUCUCGGCCCUUGGCUCCAUUGGUCUCGGUUGGCUGUUUCUCAUGAACAAGCGCGGCGAUAUCCGAAAGAAAUUCCACAUCGAGGGAAGUACAUGCGGCGACUGCUGCGUGUCGUUUUGGUGUCCCUGCUGCGUGCUCAUUCAGCAUGAGAACGAGGUCGAGGGGCGAACCGAUUAUGGGCCGAUCAAUACUGGGUACCAGUCGCAAGCACAGAACAUGGAAAUGAAGUAA